UGAUGGAACCCUCCACACAAUGCCUCGAUGGAUUUAUCGUCUUUUUAUUCGUCUAUUACCCAAACUUUUGUUAAUGAAUCCACCGGAGGAGGAUGCCCAGUCAGAGAAUGACGAGUCUACCACUAUAUCUGACACACAAGCCCCUUCAUUUUGUGCUGGUUCCAGAAGGCCAAGUCCCUUUUUUGUUUCUGCUACAAUCCCUGAGGGGGAAUUGAGGCUUUCACAACUUGCACAGAUGAGAGGGCUCGGCCCUGAUGUGCUCAGGAGAAUGUUGGACAAUGUGCAUUUUAUUGCUGAUUAUUUUAGAGCAAAACAGAAACGCGACAAGGCAAGUCCCAAAUUUCAAGAAUGA